AUGGACCAGCCCCGCGCUGCCGCCCGCCUGCGCGUCCUGCUGGGCCAGCUGGGCCGCUGCUCGGCCGGGGCCGUCAUAGCUCACCCCACUUCAGGGGCUGUUCCUCCUGCCGGUUUCCAUCUUCAACAAUUCCAGUAUACUCGGGAUAACAGUGUUCUAACCCUGGAACAGAGACAAUUUUAUGAAGACAAUGGCUUUCUUGUAAUUAAAAAGCUGGUCUCUGAUGCUGGUAUUGAAUGCUUUAGGAAUGAGUUUGAAAGAAUCUGCAGAAAGGAGGUGGAACCAAUGAGAUUAGUGGUAAUGAGAGAUGUGACCAUUGCAAAAUCAGAAUAUGUUCCAAGUGAAAAGAUGAUUACGAAGGUCCAAGAUUUCCAAGAAGAUGAGGAGCUCUUCAGAUACUGCACUCUCCCUGAGGUUCUGAAAUAUGUGGAGUGCUUCACUGGACCCAAUAUUAUGGCCAUGCAUACAAUGCUGAUAAACAAACCUCCAGAUUCUGGCAAGAAGACAUCCCAUCAUACCUUGCACCAGGACCUGCACUAUUUCCCCUUCAGGCCCAGCAAUAACAUUGUUUGUGCUUGGACGGCCAUGGAGCACGUCGACCGGAACAAUGGCUGUCUGGCCGUACUCCCAGGCACACACAAAAGCUCCUUGAAGCCACACCAUUAUCCCCAGUGGGAGGAGGGGGUUAAUGCAAUAUUCCAUGGCAUCGAGGACUAUGAUGAAAACAACGACCGAGUGCACCUCGUGAUGGAGAAGGGAGACACCGUUUUCUUUCACCCUUUGCUCAUCCAUGGAUCUGGUCGAAACAAAACUCAAGGAUUCCAGAAGGCUAUUUCCUGCCAUUUUGCCAGUGCCAAUUGCCACUACAUUGAUGUGAAGGGCACCAGUUAAGAAAUCGUUGAGAAGGAAUUUAGAAAGUUUGCAGAUAAAUUCUUUGUAGUUAAAGACGUCAAACUGAAGAUGGCUGCUGUGAGCAAGGCCAGUGGAAACGUUUUGCCUCAUGCAUUUGACCUGCCUGGAGACAUCAGUUACAAGGAUCCUGGGCCCAAAUCUGAGGAUCAAACUAGUGAAGCUAAGGUUAAGUUCCAUGAGAAGGAAGAAGUCAAGUAA